GCAGCCGCCCCCGCAAAUCGAUAUCAGGAAGGAAGAGAGACCCUGAAGCCCCCCAGAGCAGUAGACUAAUAGCCCCUCCGUCGUCCGUCCACCGCCCAUCCCAGCAAACAGACACACAGAACAGAAUAAUUUCACGCCUGACCGCCUUUCUUGUUCUCUCUUUUCUUUCUUCCUUUAUCGAACACCAUCAAUAAUAAUACGAUACCAACACCAACCAGACUAGCCAUCCAUCUAAUUAUCCUAUCUACUCCGUACCCAUACCUACCAAGGCCUAGCUACCUAUUACCCACUACUAAACCGCCCAACGGCCGACCGACCGUGUUCAGCGAGACAAGACUCUUUCUCCUCCACAGUCACAAACACUUCACGCAUACAAACCAACCCAACCCAUUCUCAUCCAUGGCUGCUGCACCUCCAUCCGCCGAUGCAAGCUACGGAGGCUUCUCACGUUUCGAACUUGAACUUGAGUUCGUGCAGUGUCUUGCCAAUCCUGCCUAUCUCAAUUACCUCGCCAGUCAAAAGUACUUUGACCAGCCCGAAUUCGUCGCCUAUCUCGGCUACCUGCAGUACUUCAAGCAUCCAAAAUACGCAAAAUAUCUCCACCAUCCCGGACCGACCCUGCGCACGCUAGAGCUGCUCCAGCACGAGAAAUUCCGUAGCGACACCAUUGAUCCAAAUCUUACCAACAACAUGACAAUGGCCGUCUUCCGGAAUGCUGUUCCAGACAAAGCAGAUUGACCUGCGUCGUCGCUGUCGUCGUCAUCGACCACCCUCUGCUUGCGGUAUGCUUUGGCACCGUUGGCAUGCGACGUAAUCUCCUUAUAGCGGGCACUCGUCGCCCUCCCUCCAAGACAUGCCGUGAAAACAGGUAUUUCUUCGAUUCAGAGCGGUUCCAUAUCAACAUCGAUUCCUGGCCGGUAUGAUAAAAUUGCAUGCUCACGUUAGUACCCAGGAGCGCGCUCCGGAGUCGCUCUAGGGGUAAAACGUAAGACCGUAGCACUCACAAUCCCCGUACCAAUUCAAUAGCCGGAGCCGAUCUCGAUGGUAUGAUUGACCAUCGCCUCAACACAUUUUGCGCGGAUAGGUUAAUGGCUGUUUCGAGUUUAUCUUUUUCUCCCAAUUAGGGAGACAGUGAUGAUGGGGAGUUUAGCUACCUCGUAUAGAUCUAUUUUAAACAGCAAAACAAUACUGUAUAUCCCA